AUGUUCAUGGAGUGGAGGGAACCAGGAGAUGAUCCAGUUGAAGAUACACCACCGGCUAACCCUGCAAGCCAGCCAGCUCAGCAGCUUGCUGAACCGCCAAAAGAGUCUGUGAAAAAUAUAAUAAAAGAUGCAUUAACUAAAAACGAAGAAGAAAAAUCAAAUGGAGAAUGGCCUAUGCCAGAAGAAUACGCUGCUUCACAAAAAAAGGAACAAGAAGAAAAAAACGAAAUUAACGAACAUCAGCAAGUUGAAAAUAACGAUGCAAAUCAAGACAACAAUGCUCAAGAAGAUCCAAACAAUCAAACUACAGCAGUCAAUAUUCAUACAAACGAAGAAAAUAAUGAAGUCGAAGUAGAAAAAACGUCAGAAGUUAUCGAAUCCAAAGUUAAGCCAAUUAUUCUUGAUGAUAACGAAAAACCAGUUGAAAUACAAGAUGAACAGACCGCAACAAAUGAAAGCGGCCGAGAAAAUACUCAGCCACAAGGAAAUGAACCGCAUAAGACAACUAAAAAGAACAAUAAGAAAGGAAAUACUGGUGUUGUAGAUAAAAAUACGUUUAUUUCCAUGCUCAGACAGUCUCAAACUAGUAGACCUAGAACAUCAUUCAGAAAAACAACCCGCUCGAAGAGUACGCCUAUAGCAUCGGAUAAAUUACCUUUAAUAGCAGAUAACAUUCUUAGGGGUAAGGAUGCAAAUAUUAACGAACCUUCUCAAAUUGCCGAAUUAAUUGAUGAACUUAUUGGCAGAAGGAUUAAGGCUUUAGAUGAAAACGAUUAUUUACAGUGCAAUAAGAUCGACGAUGCAAUCGCUAAACUCCGUCUCAAGUACAGAUCGGACGAUCGAACUGAAUUAUUCAAUUUAAUCAAGGACAAUUUGGAUAAACGUCGCAAAGAGGCAGAAGCAGCUCUUAAUGAUAAGAAAGAGAAAUGGAAACAAAAAUGGAAAGAAUUCGAUGAAUCUCAAGAAAAUGAAAAGAAUGCUCUGCAUGAAAGGCAGGUGAAGGAAUUUGAAGACUUUGAAUCUUAUUGGAGCGAUCCAAAUAAUUAUACAGAGUAUACAAAGCGUUCAAAAGGACAAUUGAACGAAAUUAUGGUUGAAAGACAACUUGCUAUGACAGGUAGAUUCGUUGAAGCAGAGCAACAAAAGAAGAUGAAUAUGCAGAAUGAUAAGCGAAUGGUCCAAGAACAAUUUUCCAAGUUACAAAAGCAUUACGAAGAUAUGAGGGCAGAACUGAUCCAAAAUCAAGAAAAAGAUGUUCAAAAGUUGCUUUCUCAACAAGAUAUCAAACGUAAGUUACUUGUUGAAAAAGAAAACUUUAAGAUUGGUCGUAAAAAGAAGGCGUUAGAAAACGUUAACAGAACUAUCGAAGCAGAGAAGAAAUUCGCGAACUUUUGUGCAAGAACGUAUAAGAGAGAUCCUUCCAUUGUCCUCCCUCCAACUGUUAUUGCUAAUCCAACUUCAGUUGAUUUGCCUCCAAUGCCACCAUCAAAAAUACAUCCAAGAGGUGUUGAAGAUAAGGUAAGGAUAUCUAGCAAGCCUCAAUUCGUUCCUCUUGCCCUUCCACAAUUAAAGAUUAAGAAAUAUUCUGUACCAAAAAUUCAGGAUAAGAAGAACAUGGCAGGUACAAUUUAG